GCUAUUGUCAGUCGUGUGUGACAAAUGACGGUUUCUAGUAUGAUUUCUGUGAUAAUUUUAGUGCCGUUUUUGGCAAGUCUGAGUCUAGCCCAAGUGGCGUUUCCUGUUAAUUACGAUAUUACAAUUAACCCGAAUUUGGACCAACUGAGUUUUACAAGUGAAACAGUUAUUUCAAUUCAAGCAGAAGACACUGUACAAACAAUUACGCUAAAUUCCAAAAAUCUAAUAAUUAGUGAUCCAAUCAAAAUCACCAAUUCAAUAAAUGAAGUUCUAGAGAACGUUACUUUUGAAUUACACCCACAAAACGAGACUUUAGUCUUACAUUUUCAAACCCCACUGUCCCCAGGCUUGUACAUUGCUACUAUCGUGUCCCAUGGUAAGAUAAACACGAAUUUGGAAGGUUUCUACCAAGUUGAGACACCAAACAACAAAAUUUUUUUAACAAAUUUCCACUACAGCAAAGCUCGUCAAGUUUUUCCCUGCUUUGACCAUCCGACUUACUUAUCAACCUUUACAUUGACUUUAAUUCAUCCGAAAAAGUACAAAUCGGUCGCAAGUAGCGUCAAAAAAUCACAAACUGAAACAGAUGGGACCACCGUUAAGUCCGUUUUUGCCCAAUCUGACCCUUUGCCUCCACACUUGUUCGCGUUUGCUUUCAGCGACUUGACCCAAACUAAAUACGAGGAAGUUUCAGUGUUUAGUAGAGAUAAAGACGAAAUUGAAUAUCUGGGACAAUGGUCAAAAACCGCUUCGUAUCUCUUCCAACAAAGUGAGACGUUUCGGAUUCAAAAACUGGACCAGAUUGUUGUGCCAGAUUAUGGCUUGUCUCAAGACGUUGUAGUGAAUAUCGGGCUAAUUUUUUAUAGAGAAUCUGCGGUGUUUUAUAAGCUAGAACGCGAAACUGUUGAAGAUAAGCAAAAAAUUGGGGAACUGGUUGCUGGGGCUGUUGUCAGACAGUGGUACAAGGAGGCAAAUACGGCAGGCUGGUGGUCCAAUUUUUGGGUCAGUGAAGGCUUCUCCCUCACUUACCAGUUCAAUGUUUUGGAGAGUUUCUGGAAAUGGAGAGUUGUGGAACAGUUUUUGGUGCAAGAACUUGAUGACACGUUUGACUACGAUUCUAAGACGGGACUUACAGUCAUUGUGUCAAACCCUGACGAUUUCUCAAAGUUUCACGAAAUUAAAUCUUUUGCCCUAGUUAGGAUGUUGUCACACUUGGCAAAACCUGGCGAUAUUUUUGAAGAUGGGAAUGAAAUUGCGUCCUCGUGGUCACAAAAACCCGGAUUUCCGGUUGUUAAAGUGACGAGGAAUGCGAAUGUGUUUACAUUUGAGCAAAGUGGGGCCUUUUCAACCCCGGUUAGUGUGGUUUUCCAGGACGAAACAGAUCUCAGUUAUGACCUAAUUUUGGAAAAAAACAUCCAACAAGUGAACUUAUCAGUGACAGGGGCUUGGUAUCUCGUGAAUUAUGAUCGAUAUGGAUACUUUCGGACAUACUAUGACAAGGACAAUUGGCUCAAGCUUGCAACUUUCCUGCAAGGCUCUAACAUUGAUGCAAUUAGCCCAGUCAAUAGGGCGCUCUUAAUAAAGGAUUCGUUUAAUUUAGCAAAGUCGGGCUUAUUAUCGUACGAUAUUUACUUAGAUUUAACAAAAUAUCUGACAAAAGAAACAGACUAUAUUCCUCUUUAUGCUUUUAUUAAAACAGCAAAUCGUCUUAAAACUCUGUUUGCCAAAACAGACAUUCAGGACGUAUUUAUGGAACAUGCCAGAAAUUUGCUUCAACAUGUGUACAACAAAGUUGGAACCUCUCUCACUUCAUCAGACACCCACUCAGAUAUUCUGAGCCGCAUGAAAAUUUUGACUUGGUUGUGCGAUUUUGGACUUGACAAUUGCCGCACAGAAAUGUUUGCAAAACUAAGCCAAGGACAAGCAGUUGAGCCUGAUUUGCAAGAACUCGUCUACUGUGGAGGGAUGCGACUUGGAACUUUGCCAACAUUUAUGUUUCUCAAAGAUCAGCACAAUGUUCACCAAAAAGACAGAAUUUUGAAAAGUAUGGCUUGUACGUCCGAUCUUGGUCUUCUAAGGAAUUACUCGCUUGCGAUCGUUGAUGACAAUAUAAUGCUUCGCCUUAAGCGUGAGUUUAAAUUAAGUGCUUUCAAGGCCAUUAUAGACGGAAGCGACGAAGGUGUCGAUGUUAUCCUUGAUGUGGUUAAAAAGUAUUUGGAGCACAUUUUAAAAAGUUUUACGUCCGAAGAAAUUUCAGAAAUGUUCGUUUCUUUGUCCAAGAAAUUAGUGACUGGGGAGCAACUCGCUAAGAUUGAUGAAAUUGUGGCUUGUCUGGACGAUAAUCAAAAAGUGACGUAUGGAAAAAUCUUCGAAACUGUGCAAACAAACAUCAACGAAAAUAUCAACUGGAGGAAAGCAAAUUUGGACGUUUUCCGAAAAUGGUUAAACAUAAGUCAAAGUACAACUGUACCACCUAGUACGACGCCAUCGCCUGGAGGAGCCGCCUCACUAAAAAUUUCGUCGCUUGGUCUUGCAUUGGUGUCUCUAUGUUUUAUUUUAAUGUCACCGACUUUUAAAAAAUGUGACCGAAAACGUGAAAAUUUCAACGAUUGUCUAUCAAUUGCCGUCAAAGACGCUAUCAUGCAGUUAGGACACUCUAAACCUGAAAUCGGGUUGCCUGUUCUUGAACCAUUAUUUAUACCAUCAUGGGCUAUCAAUUUGCAGGGAAUUAAGCAGUCUUACCGUAAUUACAAAAUGUGGGGACUUACCAAUAUCACAUCAAUGAGAGUAGAGAUUCUCGAAAUAGAGGCACAAUUCCUCGAUGUUAAAGGCGAGUUUGAGUAUGAGAUGCAUGGAAGGCUUUUGAUAAUGGAACUCAAUGGUAAAGGGCCAGGUUUUGUCAAUUUUGUUAAGCCAAACGCAACUCUGACUUUUAAACUUGGAGAAUACGAGAAACGCAGAAAGAAACACUAUAAAGUAACUGGGAGUAAGUUAGUGGUGGCACCUCAGUCGGUGUCUGCGAAUUUUGAUAACAUCAUCAAUGGAGACAAAGAACUGAGUGACAAUAUUAAUAAAAUGUUUAACGACAAUUGGAAAGGCCUGUUUGAAGAAAUUGGUCCUACUUAUGAAGACGCUUGUGCCCAAGUGUUCCAAGGGAUAUUUAACCGGGUUUUGAGCAAAGUACCUGUAGAUGAACUAUUUGCCAUAAUGUCGCUCUUUUGGCUUUUUCUCACCCUGCUAUUAGCACACACUAAGUCUACCCCAAUUGAACCGAAAACCGUCGAGUAUCGCUUACCCGAAGGUGCCGUCAAAGUGAUCCACUAUGACAUUGCUCUAAACCUCAAAAAAGAUAUUUUCGAUACCAAUACCUUCACUGGAGUAACUUACAUUUUAUUUAAAAAUCUGAAAAGUACCAACGAAAUUCGGUUACAUGCCAAUGGCUUGGACUUCUCUGAAGUACUACUAGCAGCGGCUGAUGCCAAACAAAUCAAUUUUGAAAAUAAAGAUUUUGUUAGCGACCCUGCUAGUGAUAUACUCACACUUACCACAAGUACCAACUUGGAGGCUGGUGCAGAGUACCAGCUUAAAUUCACAUAUCAGGCAAAAUUACGUACCGAUGAAAUGUACGGUUUUUACAAGAGUUCCUACAAGGCACCUAAUGGUACUACCGUUUAUCUAGCAACGACCCAGUUUCAGGCAACUCAUGCCAGGAAGGCUUUCCCUUGCUUUGAUGAACCGAUAUAUAAAGCACUUUUCGAUAUUAAAAUAACCCAUCCUAGUAUCUACAAAGCUGUUGGUAAUACUAGAGGUAGUACCCAAACUAUUAAUCAGGAUUAUAGUGCUACUAGUUUUGCCACAACCCCGGCCAUGUCCACAUAUUUGAUAGCUUUCAUCGUUUCGGAUUUCACGUGUUCUGGUAGUACUCCGAUUGAGGAAGCCAUCCCUCACCUGGUCUGUUCACGAAAUGAAGCUGUUUCCACUAGGGAAUUGGCCGAAAAAGUUGGGCCUAAGUUAAUGUGGGCCAUGGAAAACUUCACAGGAAUUGCGUACAACGUGUCCAAAAUUACGAAAGUACACCAGGUUGCGAUUCCAGAUUUUGCAGCAGGUGCUAUGGAAAACUGGGGACUAGUGACUUAUCGGGAGACUGCGCUUUUGUGGGACCCUGAAGAGUCCUCUAACCGCUACAAGCAAAGGGUCGAAACGGUGAUAGCACACGAAUUGUCGCAUUUUUGGUUCGGUGAUUUAGUUACGACGCAUUGGUGGUCGGACACUUUCCUAAACGAGGGUUUUGCCACCUAUUUUGAGUACUUUGCCACAGCUGAAAUUGAAAAUGACUGGGAAAUGGAGAAACAAUUCGUGAUUGAACAACUCCACCCUGUUCUAGCAAGCGAUGCCUCACAAACUUCCAACCCUUUAUCAUCCUCAGUAUCGUCACAAGCGCAGAUUCAAGGCCGGUUCAAUUCAAUUUCGUACAAUAAAGGUGGUAGCAUAUUCAGAAUGGUGCGGCACAUAAUGGGCGAAGAAAAUUUCAAAGCCGGCAUUCACGCCUAUUUGGAGAAACACAAGUUUGGCUCAACUACACCGACCGAUCUCUGGGACGCUUUAACCCCCUUUGCCAAAUUUUUACUUCCCCUAAAUAAAACAUUUUCCAUUGUUAUGGAUGAUUGGGUAAACAAGCCCGGAUAUCCAGUCCUGACCGUCCGAACUAAUUAUUCAGGCCUUGUGCUUACACAAACGAGAUUUGUGGCUUCUGGGGAAGCGGAAAAAGGAAAAUGGUUUAUUCCUUUGAGUUACACCACGGCCUCAGACACGAAUAAGUUCCAAAGCACGUCGGUUAAGCUUUGGUACAUGCCGUUAGGCGUCUUGAAUCUUCUAUACACGCCGAAAAAUAAGACUGAUUGGAUCAUUUUCAAUAAUCAACAGACAGGAUAUUACAGAGUCGAUUACGAUGACAUCCUUUGGAAACGGAUUGAAGUGGCUUUGAACAAGCCCGGGUUUGAUGGCAUUCACGAAAUAAAUCGGGCACAAUUACUCGACGAUUUGCACAAUUUUGCAAGAUAUGGCAUCCACACUUACACAGAAUUAUUCGAUUUCUACCGAUACUUGAAAAAAGAAACCUCGUACUACCCGUGGUACGCCGCCAUGACUGCUUUUUCAACCAUGUUGGCCAGAACAGGAGAUGAAAGAAUACGAACAAGUCUUUCGGAGUUUAUUUUAGAACUGAUUGAAAUUUUUUACAACACGCAUCCUUUCAACAGUCAAAAAAAUGAUAAUCAAAUCUAUACACACAGCAGGGUUUUGGCCUCGACUUGGGCUUGCAGACUGGGGCUCCACGAUUGUGUUAAAAAUGCUUUAGAUGCCUUUAAUAAUUACAAAACUUCGCAAAAGAGACCUGAUAAAAAUCUGAGGUCUGUGAUUUAUUGCAACGGCUUGAGACACAGCAAUGAUACUACAAAUGACUGGGAAUUCCUCUGGAAGGACUACCUGAGUACGAGCAUAGCCACGGAACAAGUCACGAUUUUGUCGGCUCUUGGUUGUGCCAAAGACACAACAGUACUUACCAAUUAUUUGGAAAAAUCGAUCAAUAGUACUUCGGGAAUUCGGCCACAAGACGCCCUUUCCGUGUUCUCCUCGGUGUACACCGGCAAUCCUGAAGGUGUCGACAUCGCGCUUGAUUUUCUCCUCAAAAAUUACAACAAAAUUGCGGCUCAUUAUGGUAGCAUGAACGCGGCGAGUUCUCUAUUCUCAGGUUUAGCGAGCCGAUUUACACGAAAGGACCAAACCGACAAGUUGAGCAAUUUCCUAGACACUGCCACCGAUUUGUCGGAAACUUUGCGAAAUUCCGCACGUGCGGCUCUCGCCAAUGCGUUAAUAAACCUAGAGUGGAUCGAGAAAUUUGAACGGGAAUUGACCCUUUAUUUUAGACUUGAAGAGGAAGAAACUACGCCUUCUACGCCUUCCACAUCGUCACCCACGACUCCGAAAGAUGAGGAAAAUAAUUCAGGAGUGGCGUCAACGAGCGGAUUUGCAACAAUAACAGCCACGAUGUGUAUUUUCUACUUCUAUUAUUAAGUAAAUAAUUUAUUGUUUUGUAAUCUAUUAAGUGCCAUAAUUAGCGAUAAGUCAAGCCUACAAUCGAAAUUGCAAAAUUGUAAAGUUUUAUUUCGCACAAAUAAACUUGACCCAAAAA